CCCUCUCCCCCAGCCUCUCCCAGAACUCCAUCCCCAUUUGCUGCUUGUGCCCUGCUCGUCUCUCUCGCGCCUCCACCCUCCGGCUUCUUUGCAAUCGCCAUGUCCGCCAAGCGCCUGCGCAUCAGUCGGACCUCGGCGGCCUCCUCCGAGUUUGAAUUUAAUGAGCUCACUGGCAUGUCGCCAAAGCGCUACGGCGUUCCUGGCCUGCUGGGAUCGGUGACCGCCUCGCACCUGGCCGUGUCACCAAGCCCUCUGCGCCACGCAUCGCUUCCCGGAGCCGGCCCUGGCGCCUCGGAGUCCCCCUCGGCUCCGCUCCUUGCCGACAAUCUGCGCACCCCAAGCCGCUCCCGACUCAUCAUCCCGAAUGGUGCUCCAAUCAACGAGGCGACCAUCGAGCCGGGCACUCCCUUUACCCAGCGCACAGCCAGCGGCGAGCGCACUUGCCUGUAUGAGGACCUGUCUGAGUCGCGCCUUGAUCGCGGCUCGCUUCCAACCGUCUCGCCAGCCCCAUCCGAAUCAGGCGGCACCGAGGCCGCCACGCCGGUCAUCGAUUUCGUCAAGGUCAAUGCUCUCUGCUUGGCGAAUUCCCCCGCCGCAAACGCCACUGCCGCCGGCGAGGAGGCAGCCCCCGCAAAUGGAGCCUCGUCGUCCCCCCUGUCUGUCCUGGAUGUCCAUCGUGGGAACCUUGUCGAAGCGUAUGCCACGCUGGCGCCGGUUGUGGCCAGCGCUCGCCGACGGAAGGGCCGCGUUCUCGGGGCCGAGAAUGAGCUGGCCAACGGCUACUAUCGCUUCAUGUCGCAGAAGAUUUCCGAGAAAGCCGAUGCUGUCGACCGCCAGCUCGAGCGCGUUGCCGGGGUCCUCUGCUCGCAUCAUGGCAUCAAGCCGGGGGAUGUCAUUUCGGCUGUCAUCCCGGGUCAGACCGAGCGCCAUGUGUACGGCCGGAUUGUGGCGGCUGCCGAUGACAACGGCGCCAGCCUUCGUGGGAAUGUGGUGUACAUCGAAUCGCCGCGCCAUUGCGGCGGACAUUUGAUCCCCCUGGGCUUGGACAAGUGCCCGUCCUUUUCCUUCUUCCCCGGGCAGGUUGUCCUCCUGCGGGGGAUCAAUCUGACCGGCACUCAGUUCGACGUGUCGCAGGUCGAGCCGAUCCCCCCGCUGCCGCCCCGGCCUCUCGACUCGGCGGCGGUGGAGACCCUCUACCCGUCAGCCGGCGCACCCGGUGCCGCGGCGUCUGGACUCAAGGUGAUGAUCUCAUGUGGCCCGUACACCCCGAAUUUCGACCUCCGCUUUGACCCCCUGCUAUCGUUCUUGGAUGCGGUGGUUGAAGCCCAGCCCGAUGUGGCCAUCAUCAUUGGCCCGAUCCUGGAGGACACACACCCCUUGGUGGUGUCCGGCAACAUGAAGGGCACCACGGUCGACGUCUUCGCCGACGUGCUGUAUGUGCUGACCACCUGUGCCCAGGCACAGCCGCACAUCCAGUUCAUCCUGGUUCCCGCGCUGUCGGAUGUGACUCACCCGUGCCCGGUGCUGCCCCAGCCGCCAUUUGCCCUGCGCCGGCGCAAUAUCCCGGCCAAUCUGCACUGCCACUGGAAUCCGUCCAUCAUCCAGCUGGGUGACCUGACCAUCGGCCUGAUGGCCACCGACCUGUUGAUGCAUCUGUCUCGAGUGGAAAUCAGCCGCCAGGCCCCGGACACCGGGAGUGGCUCGGUUCCGGACCGCCUGCAUCGCCUGGCCGAGCAUGUCCUCCUCCAGCGGACCCUUUACCCGGUGCUGCCGGCCCAAUCCGGCACCAGCCUCGAGCUUCCCCGCCUGGAUGACCUGUCCAUGGGGCAAUACCAGCCGGACAUCCUGGUCAUGCCCUCCAACUUGAAGACCUUCAUCAAGAACAUCCAUGGGGCCCUGGUCAUCAACCCCGGGCGGCUGUGUACCGGCGGGUCCCGUGCCAGUGCCGGUGGCGGGACAUAUGCCCGGGUGUUGGUUCUGCCGCCCCGCGACGAAGCCAGCAGCGGCGAUGUCAAGCGCGCUGCGAACAUCAGCGCUCGCUGCCAGGCCGAGGUGGUCAGGAUAUAAUUGUGCACCUGCGCCGGUCGAAUGCCGUCCAAGAAAAGACGCCCACACGCAAACAUGCAACGGGCGCGCCGGAGCGCGGCCCCGGACAGGGGGCAGGCCAUCCGCCCUCGGGUCCGCUCCUCCCUGGACGCAUGGGCUCGAUGGACCACUGGCGGGAAGGCUCGGCCCUUCAUGCCGAGUGAAUGCACUUUUUAGACACCGCGAGA